AUGUUUCGCAACGCUAUUACCUCCAACGCGCGCAUUUGUACUGUAUCGUAUACCCGUUCUAUCCAUGCCACGCCCGCUGCUAGCACGGUCACCGAGAAAGUGUCCGAGAUGGCUGACAAGGUGAAUAAGAAAGUUGGCCAAGGUCUGGCGUCGGCCAUUGAGACAGGCGAGAAAGCGGCGGGGAAAACCAAGGACACACUCGGUUCAACGACGGCUUCGGCAAAGCAGAAAACAGAAGACGCAAAGCAAGCUACCCAGGAAACCACGGAGCAGGCCAAGCAAAAGGUUAAUCAGGCUGCUGCUGGCGCGCGAGAAACUAAAGACGACGUGAAGGGUAGGAUGUCGAAGUAA